AUGCACUCAAACAACGAAUCUUUAGAAUUAAAUUCAUUAUCAUUAUCUUCUUUACCAAAUCUACCAUGGGUAGUACAAUCAGAGAUUAUUUAUAUUUUAUGUAAUUAUCGAAAGAAUCAAGAUCAUCAAGUAUUUUCAAUCAAAGAUGUAUUUAAUAUUGCUAGUGUGUCACAUACGUGGAGACAUGCAACAAAGGUGUCAUUGUCAUUAAAUUGGCGGUUCAAUAUCAGUAGACACUCUCUCAAAGAAUACAGACAACACUCUGAAACCCAACUAUGUCUCCUUUCACAACCCAACCAACACACACUAAACCUUGCACUCUAUCACUCGGAUGACACAGCUGAAAGCAACAGAAUAUAUGCCAAGGAUAAUUUAGAUUGGUUCAAGGAGAAUGUGUUGAGCAAGGCAUUGGGUAUGAAUACAGAUCAAGAGACUAAAGUUGCUGGUUGGUGGGAUCUCAUCUGUCCAGAUGGAGGAGAAGGAGGAGGAGGCAAUACAUUACCCUCAUUAAAAAGUUUGACGUUGGAAAUAGAUGGUCAGGUGGCAGUAUCACUUGACUUUUUACAUCAAUUGGAACAACUAGAAGUUACACUCAAUAUCGAUAUUAUUAGUUGUCUCGAUCUCGAUCUGAAACAAGUAUUUGCAAGUAUACCUAGUACCAUUACAAAGUUGACUAUGAAUGACGGGCUUGUCACAGACCAACCAUUCCCAUUCCACUUGUUAAAGGCCACACAACUUUCAGAACUCAUCGUUUGGGAUACCACUAAAUCGUGUACUCGGUCAUACUAUGACUAUGUACAAUCCAAACAAGUGCGUCGUAUUGUAAAAUUCGGUAUUGGGUCACAAGAAGAACUCGACUUUCUAUCAUCGUCGUCAUCGCCCGUCAAAGAUUUAUAUUUGCAUGUGUCGGACGUACCAACCAUCACGUUGGGUGGCAAGGCUAUGGUUCCACCGAUGCUCGAGCGGUUAGACCUUGGCUUUAGUCUUGCUAUGAGCGCAGAGGUGAUGGAAUGUAUUUUCACACACAGUGGACCAUUACCAAAGCUUCACACACUCAUCAUAGACUCUAAAGCCAAUGUCCUCGACAUGCUAGCUCCAUUUAUCCAAAAAAGCCGGUCCCUCAAGACCAUUGAUUUCUCGUUAUGCUUUCAAAGAAACACCAGUGCCGAAGGGUUCGAGCUAUUACUAGAUGCCAUCGCAGCCAGCUCAUCCAUUCAAAAGGUUUGGUUUAGAGUAAAGUCCAAUAAGGCGAUCAUGGGUGUAAUCAAAAAUCACAUUCAACAAAUUAAAAAUAAUCCAUUAGUCCUCCUUGAAAAUUCAACCAUCAUCAAUACAAUCAAUAAUCCAAUUGAUUUAUCUUCUUAUUCAAUCAUUUAA